CAGCCAGUGCCCAUGGCCGGGGACACCGGGAUGGCCGGGAAGGUGGCGCUGCUCCUGUGGGCCCAGACCCUCGGCCUUGCUGGUGCCCAGAGCACCCAGCUCCUGGUGGAGCCCCCCUGGACGCCGGCGGUGCUGUGGGACCGGGUGACACUGACCUGCCAGGGCUCGGGGACCGCCGGUGCCACCACCUGGUACAAGAACUUGCAGCGCUGGGGGCAGGAGGGACAUGACAGCUUCACUGUCACCGAGAACGGCACCUACCAGUGUCAGAGACCUGCCAGUGGCAUCAGUCCCCCCGUUGUGGUGUCAAAUGAGCCGCUGGUGCUCCAGGCGCCAGCACGGGCACUGCUGGAGGGGGACACGGUGACACUGCGCUGCCGGGGCUGGCAGGACAACCCUGUCACCAAGGUGCGAUUUUACAAGGACGAGCGGGAUCUAGGGGAGUCCCUCGGGGGCACCGAGCUGUCCCUCUCCCCCCUGGAGCUGCACAACAGCGGCCGAUACCGCUGCGGGGGCUUGGUGGCCUCAGGAAUGUCACUGUCAGCGCCGGUGACAGUGACAGUACACGAGCUCUUCACGGUGCCGGUGCUGGAGGGUCCCCCCGAGCUCACCGAGGGGUCCCCCCUCAAUCUCAGCUGCCUCAGCACCCCCAGCCCCCUGCGGCCCCCAGCCCCCCCUCCUGUACCGCUUCUACCGGGACGGGCAGUCGGUGGGGGGCCCGCAGGGGUCCCCGCAGCUCCUGGUGCCCGCCGUGGGGGUCUCCCACUCGGGGAAUUACAGCUGCGAGGUGCGCUCCGAGGAGGGGGCCGUGCGGAAGAGCAGCGCCCGGCUCGGCGUCACGGUGCGCAGGGUCCCGCUCUCGGGGGUGUCCCUGUCGGUGCAGCCCCCCGGGGGACAGGUGGCACUGGGGGACCGCCUGGUGCUGAGCUGCAAGGUGGCCGUGGGGACAGGUCCCCUGUCCUUCUCCUGGCACCGGGGGGACAUGAACGCACCAAUGGGCACCGGCCCUCGCCUGGAGCUGCAGCAUGUUGGGUAUAAUGACAGCGGCCAGUACCAGUGCCGAGUCAGCGAUGGGGACAAUGUGGUCCAGAGCCCCGCAGUGAACGUCACUGUCCUGGGUGAGCGGGACCCUUGGGCUGGGGGUGACCCUAUCCACAGCAUCCCAAAUUCCACACAUUCCCAUUCCACCUCAUCCCCCCACACCAUCCCCAGCCCAGCCCAGCUCACAGCCCCCACCACUGGGUGUCACAGACCAGGUGAAAUGGGACUGUCUGGCUCCAGGUAUCCCCGCCCAGGACAUCCAAGCCAUGCAUGCCUAACCCAGCUGUCACAUCCCCCACUGCACAUCAGGUCACAUUCACCCUACUGAGCGGGACCCUCCCAGAGCACUGAAACCCUUGGCACUGAAGUGAUGCCCCCGUUGAUGUGCCCCAUGGCACCCAUCAAAUCCCACCCACGCCAUUCCGUGCCCCCCACCAGCUGACGGCCAUCCCCACCCUUGGACACAGCGUCCCUCAUCCCACUUUCACCUCACCCUUAUCACAUCUUCAUCCCCCACCCCCAUGCCUCAUCCAUCACAUGCCCUUAUUCCACACCACAUGAUGACCCCCAGCACCAUGGGGUCACUGUCCUGGGUGAAGGAGACCCUCUGUCACCAGAUGCCACCAUGCAGACUCCCUCAUCCCCCCACACCGUGUGCCAGCCCCUCCCUCCUGGCCUCAGCCCUGUCUUUGUCCUUGCAGUGCCUGUGACACCACAGGGAAACUGGAACAGAGCAGUGGCCGCAGGCCUUGGUGGGUCCCUCCUCUUCCUCAUCCUGCUUGUGGGUGGAGCUGUGGGCU